AGUGGGAGUUUGCAGCAGUCGUUUCUUUCUGUCCACGGCGCCGAGCGGAAAACAUCGGACUAGUUUCCUAAGCUGUGUCUGAUUCGAGUCAUUGUCCACCGGAGCCGCGGAGGCAUCAGGGGCGCAAACCUCAUUGGUUCUCCUCCAGGGCUGCUGCAUCUGUCUGCGCGUUUUCAACCAGACGCAUAAGGAGGAGCAUGUCUGGGUGUUAGGAGUCAGCUGACCUUGCUGCACCCAGAGCUGCCGUCUGUUUUACCGCUGACUGUCCACUUGUCCAGUGAGGCUCAUUCCGCACCAUGUCUACAGAGGUAGAGAACAGUGCGCCCGUCCCUGCCGAUCCCAGUGUUACAUCCACAUCUACAGUCACGACCCCCAGCUUCCCUCCACCCUCCCCUGCAACAGCCCCGUCCAAGGUUCCAUUCAAGAAAGAGAAGAAGAAACUUCCAGAGAAGACUGAUGAAUACCUGCUGGGUAGGUUUCAAGGGGAUGGUGUGAGGUACAAGGCCAAGCUGAUUGGCAUUGAUGAUGUCCCGGAGGCUCGGGGAGACAAGAUGUGCCAGGACUCCAUGAUGAAACUUAAGGGUAUGGCAGUAGCUGCUCGGUCCCAAGGCAAGCACAAACAGAGGAUCUGGGUCAACAUUUCCAUGUCGGGCAUCAAGAUCAUUGAUGAGAAAUCAGGAGUAAUUGAACACGAGCAUGUGGUGAAUAAAAUCUCCUUCAUUGCAAGAGAUGUAACAGAUAACAGGGCAUUUGGAUACGUGUGUGGAUCAGAAGGACAGCAUCAGUUCUUUGCCAUAAAGACUGCACAACAGGCAGAGCCCCUGGUCAUUGAUCUGAAAGAUCUCUUCCAGGUCAUCUUCAACAUGAGGAAAAAGGAGGCAGAGGCCUCACAGAAGGGUGAAAAUGGCAGCACAGUGGUUGAGAAUGGAAGUGAUGCCUUGUUAAGUGUGGAUGGUGAAGUAAAAUCUGCCCAACCAGUGGAGCAGUUUGACCUUUUUGGAGCAAUGUCAACCCCCCCAGACAUCCAGGCUCCAAAUGACUCUAAUGAUAUUCUCUUGCUGGAUUUUUCUGCUGAAGUUGACAGCAAUCAGAAUUGCAUAAAGGGAAACUCCUUUGUAACUUCCUUUGCCCCUGACUGUGGGGCACUUCCUCAGACAGAGAAUCCCUUUUCCUCGGCCUUUGGUUACUUUCCAACCCCAGACAGUGACCCUUUCAGAGAAGACCCCCUUUCUAAGUCACCCACUAGGUCGGCACCCAAUAAUUCACAGAUCUUCCUCACCACGAGUCCCCUAAACAGCACUGCUGGCAGCUCUAGUAACACAGUUAAUGGUUGUUUGAAUGGAGAUGCUAACCACCUCAGUCAGCAAAUAAAUGGGUUAUCCAGUAAGACCAUGAUCCUCGCUCUGAGUAAUGGACAGUGGCCACUAGGGGGCAAAAUAACUCAGGGCAGCAUAAUUUCCAUAAUGGACGGGAAUGACUCUGGACCAGUUCUCUCAACCAAAAACCCAUUUUUUGACUCAUCUUUGAAAACCUCUCCAUUUUCAAAUGACACAAGUCAUGACCCUCAAUCGCCAGUAAAUAAUAGCAAGGAUUCAGUUGUCCUAAACCCCCCACCACAGAGCUUGAAGGCUGGACGAAGUCGAAGGAGUGCAAAGUCCACAACAGGUGACCUCUUUGGAGCAGAGCUGUUUGCUGCUCCUGGUCCUUCUGAGGGGUUGUCUUCUCCAGGUGAUCUUUUUAACAGUACACCUGCCAACACCACUCCCUCCUCCAUAGCUGCUCUGGGCAAUCUUCAGUUAGGCCCUCCAGCUACCAUGGGUUUUCCUGCUGCAGGCAUGUGGGGAUCCUCCACUGCUACAUCCAUGUUCCCAAUGACAGGAGUGACAGUUCCUGCCCCUCAGCCCAACUUCCCACAGCCAUCUGCUGUUGGUGGUCUACCCAUACCACCCACAGCCUGGAGCCCACAGAUGCCACCUCAGUUUAGUGCCCCACCUCUCUCACCACCUCAUGCCUGGGGCCACCCUCCGCCAGCUAGGCCACUUGGUGCUCCAGGCUGGGGACAAAUGACCAAUCCUUUCCAUUCUGGCUCAUUCCCAACAGUGGUGGAACAGCAAGGUCCAUCACGCCUCCCUCCUAGGCCCCCUGUCAAAGAGGCCCCUCCAAAGGUAGAGAACAGUGCCUUCACAGCUUUGGAUCCCCUAGGAGAUAAAGAGAAGAAAACUGGAAAGGACAUGUUUAAGGACUUCCAGCUUGCCAAGCCUCCUGCCAUACCAGCAAGAAAAGGGGAGCUUGUGUCCAACUCCAUUCCAGCUCCCAGCAGCAAAGCAGAUGCCGGGGCAUUUGAUCAGUAUUUUUCCAGUAAAGUGGGCCUGGUUCAGGAUUCUGCAGAUCAUGAUGACUUUGAUAUCAAUCAAAUGUCAACAGUUGUUAAUGAAACCCCUAAACCUGCUCCUAGCUCUGGCUUCCUUGAUUCCGCCUUCUCUCCAGCUCCCAUUUUGAACAAUUCAGCACUAGCCCAGGGUCAAGGCGUCAAUCCAGACAUGUUUGAUCAAGCAUUUGGGGCCCCGAAUACAAAUCCAUUUGGCGUGCCACUUGUAGCUACGACUGCUACUGUUGGUCAGUCCUCUGGUCCAACAACUGCUUUUGCAGAUCCCUUUGGAAAUCCCUUUGCUUGACCAUGAACUUGUCCAUAAUUGUACUGGGGCAAAUGAAGAUCUUCACAUCAAAUAACAUCUUUGGGAAAAGCUCCUACAACAUGAUCCAAAUGAUGAACUCCUCUGUCUUGAUCCUGACUCGCCCUUCCUGUUACACCUUUGCAUCUAUUUUUUUUUUUUUUUUCCUUCCCCUGUCCAUAUAGUAGUUGCCUUAUUUCUGAAGAACACUGAUCUGAGAAGUGCAUCCAAUGUCAUAUCUGCUGGAGAAAGAAAUGUGGUGUGAGAGAAGGGAUGUCCAAAGAGGUUUACUGUUGAUGCUGUGUAUUAAAUAAUUGUCAUUAUGCUGCAAGGUGUUGA